CUCAGUCAGAUUUAGAGGAAAGAACCAGUUUUCAGAGGGAUUGCCUCAGACCACACCAUCUGCACUUGCCCGGCCGUGGAAGAUUAGCAGCCAUGUAUUCCAGUGGGGUAGGAGCUGGCGCCGCUGGAAGGAGGAAGGUUUGUCUUCUCCCCUUGCUGCUCAUUGGCCUCUGGGGCUGUGUGACCUGUCAUGGGAUCCCUGUGGAGGACAUCUGCACAGCCAAGCCCCGGGACAUUCCCAUGAAUCCCAUGUGCAUUUACCGCUCCCCAGAGAAGAAGGCAACUGAGGAUGAGGGCUCAGAGCAGAAGAUCCCUGAGGCCACCAACCGGCGGGUCUGGGAAUUAUCCAAGGCCAAUUCCCGCUUUGCCACCACCUUCUAUCAGCACCUGGCAGACUCCAAGAAUGACAACGACAACAUUUUCCUGUCACCCCUGAGUAUCUCCACGGCUUUUGCUAUGACCAAGCUGGGUGCCUGUAACGACACCCUCAAGCAGCUGAUGGAGGUAUUUAAAUUUGAUACCAUAUCUGAGAAAACAUCUGAUCAGAUCCACUUCUUCUUUGCCAAACUGAACUGCCGACUCUAUAGAAAAGCCAACAAAUCCUCCAAGUUGGUAUCAGCAAACCGCCUUUUUGGAGAAAAAUCCCUUAUCUUCAAUGAGACCUACCAGGACAUCAGUGAGGUGGUAUAUGGAGCCAAGCUCCAGCCCCUGAACUUCAAGGAAAAUGCAGAGCAAUCCAGAGUGACCAUCAAUGAAUGGGUGUCCAAUAAGACAGAAGGCCGCAUCACUGACGUCAUUCCUGCAGGAGCCAUCGACGAGCUCACUCUUCUGGUGCUGGUUAACACCAUUUACUUCAAGGGCCUGUGGAAGUCAAAGUUCAGCCCUGAGAAUACAAGGGAAGAGCUGUUCCACAAGGCUGAUGGAGAGACUUGUCCAGCAUCUAUGAUGUACCAGGAAAGCAAGUUCCGCUAUAGGCGUGUGGCUGAAGGCACCCAGGUGCUUGAGUUGCCCUUCAAAGGUGAUGACAUCACCAUGGUGCUUGUCCUGCCCAAGCCUGAGAAGAGCCUGGCCAAGGUGGAGCAGGAGCUCACCCCAGAGGUGCUGCAGGAGUGGCUGGAUGAGUUGGAGGAGGUGAUGCUGGUGGUCCACAUGCCCCGCUUCCGCAUCGAGGAUGGCUUCAGCUUGAAGGAGCGGCUGCAAGACAUGGGCCUUGUUGAUCUGUUCAGCCCUGAAAAGUCCAGACUCCCAGGUAUUGUUGCAGAAGGCCGGACCGACCUCUAUGUCUCAGAUGCAUUCCAUAAAGCGUUUCUUGAGGUAAAUGAGGAAGGCAGUGAAGCAGCAGCGAGCAGUGUCGUCUUGAUUGCUGGCCGCUCUCUGAACCCCAACAGAGUGACCUUCAAGGCCAACAGGCCCUUCCUGGUUUUUAUAAGGGAAGUUCCUCUGAACACUAUUAUCUUCAUGGGCAGAGUAGCCAACCCUUGUGUUAACUGAAGUGUUCUUAUUCUUUGUGCCUCUUCCUACUUUGGUUUGUGAAUAGAAGUAAAAAUAAAUGCAACUACUCCCAUCUCA